GACAGACGAGUCCAUGUGUAGUGCUCUGGCUCUGAAUGUCACUUUGGCUGGAGGAAAAUUGCUGCUGAGGAGCGGGAUGAGCCUGAAUGUGGCGGGGAGAUGCGCUGCCCGAGUGGCGUGUGGCAGAUUUUACUCCACAGCCCCGGCUGCCAGACUCUCCACUGCGGAUAUCUCGAAGAUGCGCACGGAGCUGUUUAACAAAGAGAAGGAGCGCCAGCUGUCCCUGCACCCUCGCAUCGAGAAAAUAGAAGUGAAGCAUGUUGGGAAACGGGAUCAUGGAGCCGUGGGCCUCAUGAACAAAGGGCAGUCGACGCCAUACCACUGCGCCUUGCAUCUGAGCGAGUGGUACUGCUCCAGGUCAGUCUUGGCUCUUGUGGACGGGGAAGUCUGGGAUAUGUACAAGCCUUUGACUAAAUCCUGCAACAUCCAGUUUCUUACUUUCAAAGAUGAAGACCCAGAAGAAGUAAAUAAGGCAUACUGGCGUUCCUGUGCCAUGAUACUUGGUUGCGUUUUGGAAAAUGCUUUCAAAGAGGAGUAUAUGGUGAAUCUGAUAAGAGCCCCAGAGAUACCAGUGAUCUCAGGAGCGUUCUGCUAUGAUGUAGUACUGGACAGCAGGCUGGAUGACUGGCGCCCAACAGAGGAGAAUCUCCGAUCCCUCACUAGGGAAGCGCACAGCCUUAUUCACAAGGACCUGCCGUUCGAGUCUUUGGAAGUAGAAGAGAAAGUUGCCAAGGAAAUAUUUCAGCACAGUCCUUACAAACUGAUCAUGGCUGAAGAAAAAGCAUCUCAGAACCCCCAGGGACUGGUGACUGUGCACAGAUUUGGUGAUUUUGUGGACCUCACUGAAGGACCUCACAUUCCAAGGACAAGUUUUUGUCAGCAGUAUGAGGUGACAGCAGGCCAUUCCCUGGCAAACAUCCCAUCUGAACAUGUGCGCAGGUUCCAAGGGCUGUCUUUGCCAUGGCAUUUGAAGGCUCAUCACACUGUCUGGAACAGGUUGCGGACGAGAUCACAGAGACUGGUCACAGAAGAACACAAUCAGGAGCCAGAACAGCCACCGAGUCCUGUGUAACUUUUCUUAUGGUUUUGUAUAAAUGUUAAUAAAAAAAAAAAAUGAGCAA